UCCUGUAUGAAAAUUAUUUAAACGUUGCACAGAAGUCUUUUGUGAAAGAAAAAAAGGAAAUUCAGUUUGUGGGCCUCAGCAGGAGUUAAGCUAAUGCAGCUUAAAAUAAUGCCGAAAACGAAGUGCUUAUCUGCAGGCAGAGUGCCCCUGAUUCUCCUCCUAUGCCAGAUGAUUAGUGCACUGGAAGUACCUCUUGAUCCAAAACUUCUUGAAGAUUUGGUACAACCUCCAACCAUCACUCAACAGUCUCCGAAAGAUUACAUUAUUGACCCAAGGGAGAAUAUAGUAAUCCAGUGUGAGGCCAAAGGGAAACCUCCUCCAAGCUUCUCCUGGACACGUAAUGGGACUCACUUUGACAUAGAUAAGGACCCUCUGGUCACCAUGAACGCUGGCUCAGGAACCCUCAUAAUCAACAUCAUGAGCGAGGGGAAAGCAGAAACCUAUGAAGGCGUCUAUCAGUGUACAGCAAGGAAUGAACGGGGAGCUGCAGUUUCUAAUAAUAUUGUCAUCCGUCCAUCCAGGUCACCGUUGUGGACCAAAGAAAAACUUGAACCAAUGAUACUUCGAAAUGGUCAGCCUCUAGUACUUCCAUGCAGGCCCCCAGCUGGAUUGCCACCACCUAUAAUAUUCUGGAUGGAUAACUCCUUUCAAAGACUUCCACAAAGUGAGAGAGUUUCCCAGGGUCUAAAUGGAGACCUGUACUUUUCCAAUGUCCUUCCGGAGGACACCCGUGAAGACUAUAUCUGUUAUGCCAGGUUUAAUCACACUCAAACCAUACAGCAGAAGCAGCCUAUUUCUCUGAAGGUGGUUUCAGUGGAUGAAUUGAAUGACACUAUAGCUGCUAAUUUGAGUGACACUGAGUUUUAUGGUGCUAAAUCAAGUAGAGAGAGGCCACCAACGUUUUUAACUCCAGAAGGCAAUGCAAGUAACAAAGAGGAAUUAAGAGGAAAUGUCCUUUCACUAGAGUGCAUUGCAGAAGGAUUGCCUACACCCAUUAUUCACUGGAUAAAAGAAGAUGGAGUACUGCCCACCAACCGGACAUUUUAUAAGAACUUUAGGAAAACACUGCAGAUCAUUCAUGUAUCAGAAGCUGAUUCUGGAAAAUACCAAUGUAUAGCAAAAAAUGCACUAGGAGUUAUCCAUCAUACUAUUUCUGUUACAGUCAAAGCGGCUCCAUACUGGAUCAUGGCCCCUAGAAACCUUGUGCUGUCCCCAGGAGAGGAUGGAAGCCUGAUCUGCAGAGCUAAUGGCAAACCCAAGCCCAAGAUAAGCUGGUUAACAAAUGGAGUCCCAAUAGAAAUUGCUCCUGAUGACCCCAGCAGAAAAAUAGAUGGAGAUACCAUUAUCUUUUCAAAUGUUCAAGAAAGGUCAAGUGCGGUGUAUCAGUGCAAUGCUUCUAAUGAAUAUGGAUAUUUACUGGCAAAUGCAUUUGUAAAUGUGCUGGCGGAGCCACCACGAAUCCUGACCUCUGCAAACACACUCUAUCAGGUCAUUGCAAACAGGCCUGCCUUACUGGAUUGUGCCUUCUUUGGGUCUCCUCUACCUACCAUUGAAUGGUUUAAAGGGACUAAAGGGAGUGCCCUUCAUGAAGAUACUUAUGUCCUCCAUGAAAAUGGAACCUUGGAAAUUCCUGUGGCCCAAAAGGACAGUACGGGGUCUUACACCUGUGUUGCAAGGAAUAAGUUGGGGACAGCAAAGAAUGAAGUUCAGUUAGAGAUCAAAGACCCAACGAGGAUCAUUAAACAGCCUGAAUAUGCAGUUGUGCAAAGAGGGGGUACAGUGUCUUUUGAGUGCAAAGUGAAACACGAUCAUACCUUAGUCCCCACUGUCUCAUGGCUGAAGGACAACGGUGAGCUGCCCAAUGAUGGAAGGUUCACUGUCGACAAGGAGCAUUUGGUGAUAGCUGAUGUCGGGGAUGCCGAUGGGGGGACCUACACUUGUGUGGCCAACACGACUCUAGACAAUGUCUCUGCCAGUGCUGUGCUUAGCGUUGUUGCUCCCACUCCAACUCCAGCUCCCAUUUACGAUGUUCCGAAUCCUCCCUUUGAUUUAGAAUUGACAAAUCAUCUCGACAAAAGUGUUCAGCUCUCCUGGACUCCAGGCGAUGAAAACAAUAGCCCUAUUACAAAAUUCAUCAUUGAAUAUGAAGAUUCAAUGCAUGAAGCAGGGCUGUGGCACCACCAAAGUGAAGUUUCUGGAAUGCAGACCACAGCCCAGCUGAAACUGUCUCCUUACGUCAACUACUCCUUCCGAGUGGUGGCCGUGAACAGCAUCGGGAGGAGCUUGCCUAGUGAGGCCUCAGAACAGUAUUUGACUAAAGCCGCAGAACCAGAUAAAAAUCCCAUGACUGUGGAAGGCCUAGGAUCAGAACCUGAUAAUUUGGUGAUUACCUGGAAGCCCUUGAAUGGUUUUGAGUCUAAUGGGCCAGGCCUUCAGUACAAAGUUAGCUGGCGCCAGAAAGAUGGCGACGAUGAAUGGACAUCUGUGGUCGUGGCCAAUGUAUCCAAAUAUAUUGUCUCGGGCACGCCAACCUUUGUUCCAUACCUGAUAAAAGUUCAGGCCCUAAAUGAUGUGGGAUUUGCUCCAGAGCCAGCUGAGGUCAUGGGACACUCAGGAGAAGACCUUCCAAUGGUGGCUCCCGGGAAUGUGCGUGUGACUGUAGUGAACAGUACCUUAGCCGAGGUGCACUGGGACCCAGUACCUCUGAAAAGCAUCCGUGGACACCUACAAGGCUAUCGGAUUUACUACUGGAAGGCACAGAGUUUAUCUAAAAGAAGCAAACGCCACAUUGAGAAAAAAAUCCUCACUUUUCAAGGCAGCAAGACCCACGGCAUGUUACCUGGACUGGAUCCCUUUAGCCACUACACACUGAAUGUCCGAGUGGUCAAUGGGAAAGGGGAGGGCCCAGCCAGCCCUGACAGCAUCUUUAAGACUCCGGAAGGAGUCCCCAGUGCUCCGUCCUCUUUGAAGAUUGUUAACCCUACACUGGACUCUCUUACUUUGGAAUGGGAUCCACCAAGCCAUCCAAAUGGCAUUUUGACUGAGUACACCUUGAAAUAUCAGCCAAUUAACAGCACACAUGAAUUAGGCCCGCUGGUAGAUUUAAAAAUUCCUGCCAACAAGACACGGUGGACUUUAAAAAACUUAAAUUUCAGCACUCGAUAUAAAUUUUAUUUCUAUGCACAAACAUCAGCAGGAUCUGGAAGUCAAAUAACAGAGGAAGCAGUAACAACUGUGGAUGAAGCUGGUAUUCUUCCACCUGAUGUAGGUGCAGGCAAAGUUCAAGCAGUAAAGCCCAGGAUCAGGAAUCUUACUGUCGCAGCUGCUGAGACCUAUGCCAGUGUCAGUUGGGAAUAUGAGGGACCAGAGCAUGUGAACUUGUAUGUUGAAUACGGUGUGGCAGGCAGCAAAGAAGAAUGGAGGAAAGAAAUUAUAAAUGGUUCUCGGAACUUCUUUGGGUUAAAGGGUCUAAUGCCAGGAACAGCAUACAAAGUUCGAGUUGGUGCUGAGGGGGACUCUGGUUUUGUGAGUUCAGAGGAUGUGUUUGAGACAGGCCCAGCAAUGGCAAGCCGACAGGUGGACAUUGCAACCCAGGGCUGGUUCAUCGGCCUAAUGUGUGCCGUCGCUCUCCUUAUCUUAAUUUUGCUAAUUGUUUGCUUCAUCAGAAGAAACAAGGGUGGCAAAUAUCCAGUGAAAGAAAAGGAAGAUGCUCAUGCCGACCCUGAAAUCCAGCCCAUGAAGGAAGAUGAUGGAACUUUCGGGGAAUACAGUGAUGCAGAAGACCACAAGCCUUUAAAAAAAGGAAGUCGAACACCUUCAGACAGAACUGUGAAAAAGGAAGACAGUGAUGAUAGCUUAGUUGACUAUGGAGAGGGGGUGAACGGCCAGUUCAACGAAGAUGGCUCCUUUAUAGGACAAUACAGCGGUAAGAAAGAGAAGGAACCAGCUGAAGGAAAUGAAAGCUCAGAGGCGCCCUCUCCCGUCAACGCCAUGAAUUCCUUUGUUUAAUUUUUAAGCUCUUUGCCAAUGUCCCAUUUCUCUAGAAUGUUUAUCUUAAGCACUUGGUUGUCAGUCUUCUCAUACUGUGAACAUAUAGGCAGAAAAUAUAUUUUCUACUGUAUGUUAUUAUUAUGAGAACAAUUAGAGCAAGAAAGUUAAAUGACAUGUUAACGUGAACUGGGAUACAAAAUGCAUACUUUUUUUGUUCAAUAUGGGUAUUCCUGAUUUCCUCAGAACUGGUCAAAUAAUAUAUCAUCAGCAGCAGAUCAUGUUAUUUCCUCUUACGGAUACAGUUCAAUAUGAUGCAUGAAAAAUGCUACACAUUUAAAGGACAUACAUGGUUUGAUACUUUGUUGAUAUACUGUCCUCUGCUGAACCCCUAUAUAUGAAUUCCGUUUUCAUUGUCAAGAGUGUUACUGUAGUAUUUUCUAGAACUUCAAUGUCUUUGUGGACAUUGUUGUGCAAUUGGUGACUUUAUGUCUAGCUGUAGUCUUUUUGGGAGACUGUUAGGAACCGUAUGUACAGUAUAUACUUGCUAAAUGAGUUAAUUAUGACAGUUGCAUUUGCUGAUGCUUACUGAGACUCUGUUACCUGCUCUUGGCUCCUGUUACUUCGUAGCCUUCUUAAUCUGCCAGAUAUGACAGCAGCACAAUGUUGGACUUUUUACAUCAUCUCGAUGUCUGAUUGUCUCCAGGCAUAAACAAUGUGCAUUGCAGUUUGGCACUUGUGCCAUCCUGAAGGAAUUGGAAACUAAAAUUCAGUUUCAAAAAUUAUUCCAGAAGACACAGGCAAGAUACAUGCAGUGCCUUCAGCCAAUAAACAUUCCAUGACAGCCUACCUUCUGUAUUAGCCAGUACAGUCAGCCCGAAGUCCUAGAUUACUGGCAUGGUCUAGAAGUAACUUUUAAAAAGCAAAGGUAAUGAAAACUGCAAUGCUGAAAAAAGGAAAUGUGAAAACAAUAAUAAUAACAAGAAGACAAUUUAUUUUAAGGAGCAUUUUUUUUUCCAUAAACAUAAGAAGAAAAGCUUUAUCACCAUCUGGAACACAUGAUGAUUUUAUGGUUUCCAUUAAAACAAGUCAAAUUCAGUAAGAAAGAUGCCAACUUGGUAGAAAACAAAAUUUUCAGUUAUUCCAAAAACAAAAAAAUACAACAGCAUGCCGACAGUAGUAAAUUAUUCUCUAAAUCUUUACCUAGGUGGUAGCUUUUGGAACUCUCUGCAGCAUUAAACAAUGUGUAUGCAAAUUGCUUUUACACAUUCCAGAUCUAAGAAAUCUGACAAGUGAUAACAAGGCCAACAGUCAAAAUGAUUACAGCCGCAAUUUCAAAAAUAAAUAUAUGUAUAGUCUAUCAUAUUCAUGAAUGCUAUAUAUCCAAUGGUUUACCUCCAAAUAUGAAAUUCUAUACCAACCUAUGGUUGAAGAAAUGCUCAGUUUCAUUUGCCAAUAAAUUGGUUUCUCAUAACUUGCAUCAAGUUUAAUUUUAAGUAAAGCUUUUUAUAUGUAGAUAUUUUGUUGAAUUUGUAAAUACACUUAAAGUGUAGAUGCUAUUUGCUUAUAGGUGUUACAUACAAAUAAACAUGCAAACAAUGUUUAUGCUGUACUGUAUAGGAAGUAAGCUAGUUAACGGAGUGCAUGGGAUUGGAAAGCAUCUACUUAAAUACCUUUUGGGUUUGCUUUUUUUUGUUGGUUUAUUUUCCCCGUUUUGCUGUGAAACUGAUAUAGUGAACUAUUCUACAUAGUGACAGCUGGUUUCUGAAGUGGAAAUCUUUUUCUAUAAGACACAAUAGGUGUAAUCACCUGGCAGCUUUCAUAUAUUUAGGUAAAGCACACUUUGUAGUAAUUCCAGGUAAAGAUGGCCCUAAAUACUUCCAGGUCUCCCUAUUCGCUUUUCCCAGAUCAACCUAUCCAUUGGAAAUCCAAAAAGACAAAACAGGCUUGCUUUGCAUCAGAGAGCAUAAAGAUAAAAGUUCCUUUCAAUUUGCCAGUGUUUUGGGGAGUGCUGAAAGUUUGUACUGUUGCACAAUAGCAGGUGCUGAAUUUAUCUGUACACGAGCGGCCACUUCUGUAAUCGUGCAACAGAUUUUGUAUUGAAAAUUAAAUGUGGUUUUAAAAGUCCCUCUCUCUUUUGUAAUUUCUCAUGUUCCUAGUGGUGUGUGGAUGUCUAAGUGGUGAUACGUGUAACAGUACAGGCAAAUGUGAAUGGAUUUCCAUAAAAAAAGUAAUUAUUAAACAAUCUUCAUCUCUUGGUGACUUUUUUUAACUUUUUCACAC